AUGAGCGCCGCCAGUAGCAGACAACGACAGAACCAGUCGAAGCGUGAUGAGGCUAUCCGCCGCAAGAUGGAAGCCGACCUCAACAAGAAGAGGAACGCCCCGACGAAAUCAAGAGGUUCCCGCAAAGCCCCUCCCGGUACCGUGCUCGCCCUGAAGCCCAGCCAGGCCCUCCAGAUCAAGCCUUCCCUCAGCAUCGCAGAGGCCGCUCAGCUGAUGGCUGCUAAGAGAGAGGACUGUGUUUUGGUUACCGACGACAAUGAGCGCAUUGCUGGUAUCUUCACUGCCAAGGAUCUGGCUUUCCGUGUUAUUGGAAUGGGCCUCAAGGCUCGCGAGGUUUCUGUCGCGGAGAUCAUGACCAAGAACCCCCUGUGCGCGCGAACGGAUACCAGUGCUACCGAUGCGCUCGAUCUCAUGGUGCGAAAGGGUUUCAGACAUUUGCCGGUCAUGGACGAGAAUCAGGAUAUCUCUGGUGUUUUGGAUAUUACAAAGUGCUUCUAUGAUGCCAUGGAGAAGCUCGAGCGCGCCUACAGCUCGUCUCGCAAGCUGUACGACGCGUUGGAGGGUGUGCAAACAGAGCUCGGCUCCAGCCAGCCCCAGCAGGUCAUCCAAUAUGUUGAGGCACUGCGCUCAAAGAUGUCCGGCCCAACCCUUGAGACAGUUUUGGAUGGCAUGCCGCCAGUCACUGUUUCCGUUCGAACCACCGUUAAGGAUGCUGCGGCUCUCAUGAAGGAGCAUCACACCACUGCCCUGCUCGUCCAGGACCAGGGAUCUAUUACCGGUAUCUUUACCAGCAAGGACAUUGUUCUCCGUGUCAUUGCCCCCGGCCUUGACCCUGCUACCUGCAGUGUCGUCCGUGUUAUGACUCCUCACCCCGACUUUGCCCCGUCGGAUAUGAGCAUUCAAGCCGCUCUUCGCAAGAUGCAUGAUGGCCACUACCUGAACCUCCCCGUGAUGAACGAGGGUGGCGAGAUCGUUGGAAUGGUCGACGUGCUGAAGCUCACAUACGCCACUCUUGAGCAGAUCAACACCAUGUCAACUCAGGACGAUGAGGGUCCCGCUUGGAACAAGUUUUGGUUGUCGAUGGACCACGAGUCUGACUCUAUGGUCUCUGGAAGUCAGAGCCACCAGCCGCAUACCCCACACCGCUCAGUCAUGAGCCCCGAUCUCAACCGUUCAGGCUACGACAACAGCCUUCUCCCUAAUGAUUCUGCCUCGCAUCACGGCGAUGAGCACUCCGAAGUCGUCUCUCAGCACAACCCAGCGGACCAUGCUACUCCCUUCCCCUUCAAGUUCAAGGCCCCCAGCGGCCGAGUGCACCGUGUCAAUGUGCUCACCACCGACGGUGUCACCGCUCUUGUAUCGCAGGUCACAGCAAAGCUUGGCAAGGAACUCGAGGCUGUUGGUGGCGAGGCCACCGUUGAGGAAGGCACCCUGAGCAAUACUGGAUAUGCCCUUAGCUACAUGGACAACGAGGGUGAUACCGUCUCCAUCACAACGGACCAGGAUAUGACAGAUGCUAUUGAUCUGGCCCGCCGUACCCACCGCGACAAGGUCGACCUGUUCGUUCACGACCCUUCUCAGCCACCCAUCCCUGCUACCGUUGAGCCUCAACCGGCUCCGGCUCCGGCUCCAGUUAUGACUCCUGUUCAGGAGCAGAGCGUUGUCGAUCAAGUCUCGGAAGAAUCCCCUGCGCCCAAGCCCCGCUCGCAGUCCUUGCCCUCCCACUCCCCAGAGAAGGAAUUGAUCGCAGGUGUCCCCAAUGACUUGCUACUUCCCGGUGCUAUUGUUACAUUGGCUGCAGUCAUUGCCGGUGUGUUUAUUCUCAGCCGCCCCAGCGGCCGGUAA